AUGGUUGAAAAGGGAGAAAUAAAGCCAGAAACAUUGCUGAAUUUAGAUGACUUAUUACAAUGUCCUGUGUGCUAUGAGAUACCAUCAGGACAAAUAUUUCAAUGCAAUGAAGGUCAUCAUGUUUGCGGCAGAUGCAAAAUGCGUUUGGAUGUGUGCCCUGUCUGUCGUGCCCUUUUCUUUGGUACACGCAAUUAUGCCAUGGAAGAAUUAAUCGCAAAUUUUAGAAAACUGCGUGCCUUUAAAUUGGGCACCAAAAGUCAAACAGGCUCAGGCUCUUCAGAAAGCACCACUCCGGCUAGAGAAAUUGCCUCAGGGGAAUGUGAAAAUGACAACAAUGAAGAUGAUGAAGAAAAUAAUCCUAAUAUUGUGAAUCAACCUACUCAAGGUCCACCACAAGCAUGUAAAGGUCUGUUUCGUUGUCUAUGUUGUAAAAAUGGCAAUGGAGAAAGGUUACCAGCUGCUAGAUUACUCAACCAUCUUCGUUAUUUUCAUGCUCCAGAUCUGCUCGAGGGUCGGUCUGAAAAUGGCGAGUAUUUACAAGCUUGGCAGUUUUCUACAACGCCUGGCAAAAUUGUGACGGCGGUGAGAAUAGCUGACAUGGGCAUAUUCUUUUUGACUAUUGAAUUAAAUAAUGAUGCUGUGUGUGCGUGGCUGACUAUGGCCGCCUCACCAUGGGUAGCUCACGCGUUUCAUUAUACAGUUACCAUUUGUGGUAAUGACCGUGAAGCAAUUUUCUCAGAUUGUGUAUGGUCUGUAAGGUCUUGUGAAGGCUCCUUAAAGAAACGUGGUCACUGUUUGGUUGUUAAAGAAAUGGAUGCACGAGCGUUGAUGGCACCCGCAAUAAUCAGCGGCAAGCUGUCCGUGCGACGCACCCCGCCCGACCAGCUCACUACCCAGACGCAGCCGCGAGCGAUCCUCAGGAUCGCGAAUAGAGGCAACAACAACAUGCCACGAGUUCUGGAGCCUUCCUUCCUUGAAGAUUUACAAAACGAUGUGGAAAGACUGUCCAGAGCAUUCGAAUCUCUGGGCCGAGAAACAAACGCCUUGGUAGUACGCACAGAAGCACUAGGGCAUGCGAGAAACGAACAAGAGACAGAACAGGCUCAUAAUGAAGAACCUGUGGAGGAGCCUCAGCCAGCGGAGGAGAUGCUUAAUUACCUCUCGCGGAAUGCGCGCAGGCGCAUGCGCGCCAGAGUGCGCGCGGCUCUAAGCGAGCUCGUGCCACCAACGGCGCCCCCCGUGCCGGCUCCUGCGCCUGCCCCUGCGCCGGCCUCCGCGCCGACACCCGCGCAGGCCCCCGUGCACGGUCAGAAUAGAGGGUGGAACUUCGGCGAGCACAGACACUCCUUCCCCGCGCUCCGACCUCCCCCUUCCCUCGCAGAGGAGCCGGUGAGGCCCACCGUGUCGCCUCCCGUUCCUCCCUCCUCCUCCUCCAAUGGACCCCCUCAGGCACAACCACAAGCGGGCAAUCGUCCUCGCAACAAGAAAAAGCGCCGCCAUCGCAGA